UCAGGGCUGGCUCAGGGCUGGCUCAGGGCUGGCUCAGGGCUGGCUCCUGGCAGGGUUGGCUCCUCCGCCUCCAGACCCCGCGCGCUCCCUCUCGUGGCUGCCGACGGCUUUUGCUUCGGGAAAAGGGACAAAGGAGAAUUGCGAGACAAUCGGUGCUGGAGGGAGUGACAGUACGAGAGCAUGAGGGAAAAACUCCUGUUAUUUCUACACCACCUCAGGAUGCCCAGAAUUACACUGGAAAUGAUGUCAUUUUUGGCUGUGAGGUGUCGGCCUAUCCUAUGCCACAGCUUGAAUGGAAAAAAAAGGGGAAUAAAAUGUUUCUGCCAGGAGAUGACACCCACGUCUCAGUUCAGGCAAGAGGUGGGCCUCAGAAGUAUGGUGUGACAGGCUGGCUGCAGAUUCAAGGCCUGAAAAAAUCAGAUGAAGGCAUUUAUAUUUGCCACACCAAAAAUAAACAUGGUGCAACAUAUGCCUCUGCAAGAUUGAAAGUCAUUGAUGACCCAUCUCCUGCAUUUGCACUUACUGCUGGCAGUAGAAGCGCAAGCUACAGCAUUGAAUACGAGGAGUAUUUUGACAAUUCUGAUGAGGAAGAUGAUGAAGAAUAUGAAUCCGGGGAUUACGAUAAUGGAAACAACUCUGAAUAAUAAUUUUUAUACAUCUCUUGUCCAAAUCCUUUCACACAGUUAUACUUACCAGUAGUCUCUGUACUGUAAGUGGCUCUUCUGCUAACAUACUUCUACAUAUCCACCUUCCUGAAAUGCAGCUUUGGGUGAAGUGUAUUAUGCUACUCACCAGAAAUAAGAACAGUUGUAACACCAUAUAUUUAGACUAUUAAAUAAAGUCCUUCAGCAUUUACCUUUCUACUAAGCAUGCCAAAGGGAUCCAAUUUUAUAUUAAUUUUUAAAUUGUCUUAUAAUUUCUUUCACACGUUCUAAUUUGUCUAGCAAAAAGGCCAAUAGUUAAACAAAAUUUUUACUGUGUAUCAAUUUUCUUUUUUCUGUAAAAUACUAAGAAAUAUCAAGAGAUUGUUUACAUGGCAAUAAACCUAAGUAAGUAUGGCAGGUGCAAAACAGUCUUUGAUCUCCUUAGUACAUGUUUUCUCAUAAGUUUCAGCAGGAUUUUCCUUCUCAUCUGAAAUUUUCCAUGUCUCAUCAAAGUUAAAUUGUCUGUCUUUUGGGGGGUGAUUUUGUUUACUGUUAACAGAUCCAUGAAGCAAUCACAGUCUAAAGCCAGUAAGUGCUGUUUUACAGUCAAUACUCCUAGCCAGAAAAGAUUCCUUGUGCAUUCAAACAUCUGAGCACACCUUUGGGCUCCUUCUUGUAGCAGCUGCUGCAUCGCUCCCCACAGCAGUGGCUCCCUCCCAGCAGCCUGGGAGCAGUUCAGGGUUUGGGAUCAUGAGGUUCCCCCUGAACAGAUGCUGGUUGGUGAGCAUUCCUGCAGUGUGAAGGCAGCAGCUGCUCUGUAGCUCGAUGCAUGUUCUUCAAACACACAGGGGCUGCACUCCAGAGGCAGGACCUGUCCUUUGUCUGGGGCUGUGAACAAGUUGCCCCUAUGCCAGAGCCAUCAGCAUUGCCAGGCUGCUGAAAGGGCGGCAAUCCACGGGAACACAGGAACUUUGUUCCAACUGAUCCAUGAACCAGACAGCAGUAGAGAUGGAGUCAAAAUCACAGCACUUCCAAGGGCUGAGUGAGCACACUGAGAAAUUUCUUUAGUUGCUUUUAUUAACUAAUUACAUGAAGGCUGGCUCUGAGUUAAUGGGUAAAGGAAAGCACCAGGCCUACACUUACACCUCUGAUUCCCACUGGCUGAGGGCAGAUGCACAGCAGCAAAUUCCUGAACAUUUUCAGGAUUAAGGCAGCAGAAGCUCAGGUAUCUGAAGGGAAAGCCUUGGUAUGGGCAGGCUCCUUGGGCCGAGAUAGGUGCUGUGCAGUGAUCCCUGCACACACUGAGGUGGCCACCAGCUGGAUCCCCAGGUACAGGGAGGCUCCAAGGGCCCUGCACACACAUGCUGUAGGAUUUUCAAUACAUUACACUGCCUCACAAGUUCUUCUUUUAAUGCACUAUUUGUGCCCUUUUUUACUACCAGAAAGAUUUUUCUUUUCAAUUUGAAAUUCUUUAAGAAAUUUGCUAUAGACUGUGCUUGCCCUGAGGUAUUAUUGACCUCUGUCCAGCAAACAACCAAAGAAUAAUCUAUUUCAUUUCAGGCUUCAUGGAGUAUUGUUUUCCUAUGAGAAGAAAGUGUGUCAUUGUGUUAUUGAAAAAGAUUAAUUAGUUUUAAUUAGGAAGUGGCUUCAUAUUUAACUACUGAUUUUGUUUUUAUGGACUCUUCCUGGUCUUCUUAGUGAUAUGUUAAUAACUUUUUUUGCUUAUCCACUAUAUAUUAACCUAAACAUAAAAUUAUCUCAUAGAAGUUACUAUUUACUUUUUAUGGAACUAUUUAUUAUGCAGACAUACAUUCAAGAUCAAUUGUGAUCUGCAUUACAAAUUAAUGAAUUAGAUUACUAAAGUAAUCACUAAAUGGUGGCAAUAUAUAUUGGUAUAGCAUAGUACAUGGCACAGAAAAUAAUCUUGAAAUCAUUAGCCAUAGAAAGAAAUUAGAAUUCCUCAGGGCCUUUUGUUGUUGUUAAUGGAAAAUGAAAAACAGAAAGAAAAGAAUGUUUGAAGGAGAAAAUGUGCAGCAGAACACUAGCAAAUAUUGGUCUGCAAGUGUUUAGUCUGGUAGAGUAUGUCUACUUAAGAACAGCUAACACUCCCAGAACAAAGAAUUCUAAAUUAAAUAUGUUGCAUUUCUCA